AUGCGCAUGCUCCGGACGUACAGGUUGGUGGUUGUCAAGACACGAAGGGUUUCAAAAGCAGUAGACAUGAGAGUAACAGGUCCCCUACGUGCUGUGGUGGUGCUCUUGUUAGUGGGGCUUAGCUGGCUCUUGGGAAAUACUUUUUUUGGAGGCGAGAAUAACUCUAUUCGUAGUUUCUUUGGUGGUGCAAGCGAACAACCAACAUCUGUUGAAGCUCGUCCACGACGGUACAAAUGUGGCCUGUCAGCGCCCUGUCCUGCGAAGCACUUGGCUUUCCGUGUGGUGUCUGGUGCUGCCAAUGUGAUUGGUCCCAAAAUCUGCUUAGAGGACAAAAUGUUACUAAGCAGUGUAAAAGACAAUGUAGGCAGAGGACUUAAUGUAGCUUUAGCAAAUGGUGUAACUGGAGAACUAUUGGAAACCAAAACAUUUGACAUGUGGGCAGGAGAUGUGUCAGACUUGUUAAAGUUUCUUAGACCACUGCAUGAAGGAACACUUGUAUUUGUCGCCUCAUUUGAUGACCCAGCUACAAAAUUGAAUGAUGAGGCUCGCAAACUGUUUGAGGAGCUGGGGAGCACAGCAGUGAAGGAGCUAGCCUUCAGAGACAGCUGGGUGUUUGUUGGUGCCAAAGGCAUUGAAAACAAAAGUCCAUUUGAGCAACGUAUGAAAAACAGUAAAUCCAGCAACAAGUAUGAAGGCUGGCCAGAGUCUCUGGAGAUGGAUGGUUGUAUUCCCCUGAGGCCACCACUGGAGGGUUGA